AACAGGUUAGAGACUCUCACAGUCGAGAGCCAGAGACCGAGAGACCGAGAGACCGAGAGACGUUACAGGGAAUAUCACUAAAGCAUCAGAGGGUAAAACCUCCAGAGCUCUGCUGCUGCUGUUCACCACAUUCUCACAGAAGCACUUGUCCUUCAGUUCCCAGAAGAGAAAUAAAGAAGCAGCAGGUUAGAGACUCUGACAGUCGACAGCCAGAGACCGAGAGAAAAGCACCAUGUCUGAAUUCAGAAGGAUCCUAAUGUCUUCAUUCCUGAUGCUGCUGCUCCGCUUCACAGCUGCAGAUGUGAAAGGUGACUCCCACAUUGUCAAAGUUGGAGGUGAAGUCACUCUGUCUUGUGAAAAUGUGUUACAUGAUCAGGAUGAGUGUGAGAGUACUACCUGGCUCUUCAGUGAUUCAAGAAGCACAGUGCCGCUGUUUGAAAAGGGAAAGAUUCACAAAGCUAAUUCAGACAGACUGAGAGUUUUGAAAAACUGUUCUCUGGUUAUAAAGAAGGUCACAGAGGAGGAUGCUGGUUUUUAUUCCUGCAGACAGUUCAGAUCAGGACAACAACAAGGUCCAGACUCUCUGGUUGAUCUGUCUGUUGUUAACAUGACUGAACAUCAGGACACUGAUAAGGUGACGUUACGCUGCUCUGUGUCGACAUCUGGAGACUGUGGACUCACAGUGAAGUGGCUGUUUCAGAGUCGAGAUGUGGAUAAAGAUCACAGAGAGAUAAAGACAUCAACGUCUUCCUGCUCUGCCUCUGUGACAUUUCUGACAUCUCAUUUUAGUUACACACCAAGGUCUAAGUUAUUUAAAUGUGCAGUAACAGCUGGUGGCAACGUGCACACCUUCACUCCUCAGUCCUCAGGCGAGGACACAAAUCCAGCAAAGACUAAUCCACCACCACCACAACCAACAACAACAACAACAACAACAACAACAACAACAACAACAACAGCUAAACCAACAAUAACAACAACAGCUAAACCAACAACAACAACAGCAACAACAGCUAACAACAACAUGAACUCAGGCUGGUGGUGGGGGCUCAUCGUUGUGACAGUGGGUGUUGCAGCUCUCACAAUAAUCUCUGUGGCUGUCAUCAGACGGAAGAGGACUCAGGGGAAUGAAACGAUGAUGGAUGACAACGUGGCUGAUCCUGAAGAAGGUGUUUCCUACGCCUCCAUCAGCUACACCAGGAGGAGCAGCGGUAGAGCCAGGGCUCAUGGUGAUGAAGAGGAUGCAGUGACCUACAGCACUGUGAGAGCUCCCUCCUCUUCCGCUGCAGCCUCCGCUGAUCCCAGCCUCCUCUACGCCACCGUCGACAAACAGAGAAAGAAAUUGUUCUAAUGUUUAAAACAAUAGCUGAUUGUUUGGAUCUAAUCUUUAGAAUUUAGGGGCAAUGCUAGCAGAGUUAUGAUAAGAAUUAAAUGAAUUAUGUUUUGCUUUUUUUGGCUUAAUAGCAGCAAACAGAGAAUACAGCAGCAGAUUUAUGAGAACAUGUGAGUCCCUCUAGAGGGGGAUUGUGAAAGGGGCAGACAUGUUGGAGUUAAACUGUACUCUUAAUACUUACAGCAGCGGCAAUUCUUAUUAAUCAUUGCUUGGUUUUAUUAACUCUUGUUUAAUUAUGUCAUUUAACGGAUUAUUGCAUUUUCUAGUACAUUUGAUUGUGUUGUAUUUGAUCAAAUUCAGUUUCCUAACAGCAAAUGUAUUUCCUUUUAACUUAGAUGUGUUUUGCUGUGUUUUUGCUUCGGACAAACAAACUUUCUCAGGUAUAAAUAAACUCUUUCAGAGGA